GGUUUAUGUAGAGGAGGGGGCGUGCCUACAUUGCCCGGGCGUGGUUUGUUGGGACGCGGGGCGUGGCCGGCAGCGUCGCAGACCCGGCUGUGGCCUCAGAGAGUUGGGCAGCACGCUAUGGCCGGUACGGUUGUCCGUUGGGUCGGAUUGUACACGUUGUUGGUGUUGCCCGCGCUGUGUUCUUCUCAGACCGAUCCCCCUCACGCGCAGGAUCUCCCGCUCAUCCUCGGCUUCCGCCUGGAAAGCAGUGACCGGCACGCCGCGCUGUCCCAGAACGGGGAGCUGGAGGUGACGGAAAGCAGCCGGCUACAGCUCCGCUUCUAUGGCCUGAACCUGCGGCCUGACAGCGGCAACCUGCUGGCCUUCACCGAGGACGGCAAGGACAAUAGCAGCUGCCAGAAGGACACGGGGGACCUGGUGAGGGACUCUGGGGGGCUGAACAUCAGUGAGGAGGCGGGAGGUAUGGCCGGCCUCCUAGGGGUGAAGGUCCUGCCCCUGAGGAAGAGUCAGUCCUCCAGGGUGUAUGUCCUGUGUACACGCCGGGGCCUCGGGCAACCCUGGACCCUUCACCGUGGCCCGGACGGACGCCUGCGGGUCCUGGAGGAGCACAAGGCCAUCAUGCCCAUCUGGUUGCAGGCCAUCGUCAUCGCCGUGCUGCUCAGCCUAUCCGGCAUCUUCAGCGGCCUCAACUUGGGGCUGAUGGCCCUGGACCCCAUGGAGCUGCGGGUGGUGCAGCGCUGCGGCUCGGAUCGGGAGAGAAGGUACGCCGCCAAGAUCGAACCGGUCCGCCGCAAGGGCAACUACCUGCUCUGCUCUCUGCUGCUCGGCAACGUGCUGGUCAACACCACGCUCACCACCCUACUGGACGAGCUGAUCGGAUCCGGGCUCGCCGCCGUGGCCGCCUCCACCAUGGGCAUCGUGGUGCUUGGAGAGAUUGUGCCGCAAGCUCUGUGCUCCCGCCACGGCCUGGCCGUAGGGGCCAACACUCUGUGGUUGACUCGUUUUUUCAUGCUGGUCACCUUCCCCGUGGCCUAUCCGGUCAGUCGCCUGCUGGACUGCAUUCUGGGCCAAGAGAUCGGUACCGUCUACAAUCGGGAGAAGCUCCUGGAGAUGCUCAAGGUUACAGAGCCAUAUAGUGGUCUGGUCCGCGAAGAGAUGAACAUUAUUCAGGGAGCUCUGGAGCUGCGCACAAAAACGGUGGAGGAUGUGAUGACCAAGGUGGAGGACUGCUUUAUGCUCCCCAAUGAUGCUGUGUUAGACUUUAACACCAUGUCCAGUAUUAUGGAGAGCGGUUACACCCGUAUACCUGUAUAUGAAAAUGAACGGUCCAAUAUUGUGGACAUUCUAUAUGUGAAAGAUUUGGCCUUUGUAGACCCAGAUGACUGCACUACAUUGAACACCAUUACUCGUUUCUACAGUCACCCUGUUCACUUUGUGUUUAGUGACACCAAGUUGGAUGCUGUCCUCGAGGAGUUUAAGAAAGGAAAGUCUCACUUGGCCAUUGUACAGAAGGUAAACAGUGAAGGAGAAGGAGAUCCGUUCUACGAGGUGUUGGGACUGGUAACUCUUGAAGAUGUCAUUGAAGAAAUUAUUAAAUCUGAGAUUCUGGAUGAGUCCGAUCUUUAUACUGACAAUCGCAGUAAGAAACGUGUUGGCCGUCGUCAGGACAAAAAGGAUUUCUCUGUCUUUAAAGACCCGGAUCACGAACUGAGAGUUAAAAUUUCCCCUCAGCUGCUGCUUGCUGCCCACCGGUUCUUAUCCACAGAGGUAUCAUUGUUUGCAUCUAGUUUGGUUUCAGAGAAGACACUCCUGCGUCUCCUCAAAUACCCAGACGUGGUGCAGGAUCUUCAUUUUGAUGAGGAUGACAAGAAGGCACCAGAACACUUCCUGUACCAGCGCAACAAGAUCGCCGACUACUUUAUCCUCAUCUUGCAGGGGAAAGUUGAAGUAGAGGCUGGCAAGGAGAAUAUGAAAUUUGAGUCUGGAGCCUUCUCCUAUUAUGGUGUCAUGGCUUUGGGUACACCUUCAGGGAGUGAGCUCCGCUCCCCGUCUCACAUGGGCAGUCUGAACAGAUCCACAUCUCUCAGCCACGAGCGUUCGGACUCCAUGUCAUCCACCAUCAGUGGCAGCAACACACAGCUCAGCACUCAAGUACAAUACACGGCUGACUUCAGUGUUCGGGCUCUUGGUGACCUACAGUAUGUAAAGAUCUCACGGGACCAGUAUCAAGGAGCCCUGAUGUCCUCCCGGAUGGAUAGCAGUCCGCAGUCUCCUGAAGGUGGAACCCACAAGUUGGAUAGCAGUAUAUCGGAGCGCAGUGAGGUUGUGGUGGAUGAAACAACCAGUCUUUUAAAUCAGAGAAACUCACAGCACAGUUUGCAUCAUAAUGCUGUCUGACCCCAACUCCAAUGCUAAGCAUCGAUCUGCAUGUACUUUACCUGCGGAUCGCCCUUGAAAAACACUUUGCAAUAUUUGACUGGGCACAGAGUGCCGGUGCACUGCAUGCAAAGCUUUAUCCUAAGAGACAAGCGUUUCACAAAGCCUGCAGAGCUGCACUGCACAUGACUAAAGGAGCGAUUCCUGGUGAGGAGUCUUCACAAUAAUAAUCUGCAGCUCAUCAUCGGUGGCCUGUGAAGAAAGUGGCUGUUCUACAGCCCCGGACUUGUCUAGAGGAGAACACAAGACUACCAAAGGGGAUCUGGAAAUUCUGCAAUACUUUUGGGAAUGAUAUGAUGCUGUGUGGAGCAUCAACUCAGGGAAGGAAUUCUAUAUGUGCACUGGAGACCCCUGCCUCGUAGUGGGGGGGUCUAUUUGUUUGUCUUCCAGGGGAGUUGGUUGAUAUAAUAUGCAGUUGCAAUUUAUUGACCAUUGCUAGAAGGGCCCUCCAGAAUGGCUUUGGCCCUGCCAAAAAAAGAAGUGUUUGGUUAUUCUCUUCUCUGUGAUAGAAGGCAUUCUGAUACUGAUAUGUUUACCCAGCACUCCAAAUAGGAAAUGGUGGUGACCAAUAAUAUACCAGCAAUCAAACUGGUUACAGUGUCAUAAAUUGAACCAAUGGCAACACUCGGUUCUCUGUCGGUAUUUUCUUCCAGAGAUGGGAAAGCUCUUGCUGAAUUCUUAGCAGUAUGGUAAACCUUAUUUUUUUGACCCAAAGUAUUUUGUCAUGUUCAUGUGGUGAGCAUUGAGGAACAAUGGAAUAUCCUUGUUGCCGUUAUGGAAUCUUGUCAGUGCUGGCCACUGCUAACGUUGCAGUUGGAAGGCCUUACGGACUUAACAAUAAAUAGUUCUUAACUGUGAAUUCUUAAAGGCUCUUUUCACCUUUUCGAGAGAUUGGCCUAUGCAGUCAAGGAGCCCCAGCGGAUAAUACAAUUUAAUGAACAUUUUACAAAGCUGCACAGAUUUUUAAUCUUACCUGUAGGUCCACUUAGAAGCCUGACUAAUAAACUCGUAAUUGGCAACCCUCAUGUCCUGACGGGUUGCUUUGACCUGAAAACCAUUGGAUGGAUGCUCAUUCCCAGCAUUACAGAACUGAAAUCCAAUGGUUUUCCCAUCCUAGCAGUGAGACGGGAUGUGGGGGUUGCUAACUAGGUGUUUAUUAGCCUGGCUUUUGAGGGGACCCAAAUGGCCUACAAGUAAAACAAUAAAAU